AUGAGCCACACUCCGCUCACCGGGCUGGGCUGGACCUCCGCCGCCAACGUGGCACCCGCCGGCUGGACUGCGAUCACAACCACCGUGGAGGGAGCAUAUGCAAACUUUGGAAAGGGAUUUGCACAGAAGUCUGGUUACUACCUAUGCUUUACUUCAGCUAUAAACAGUGAGAACCCCACAGGAGAUGUAAUAUCUGACGUGGUGAUCCUGAGUGACAAAUCUCCGCUGCCUUCUGGAUAUAUUUAUGUUAAAGAAUUUUUAGAUCCAAAAAGUUCCAUCUCUAAGAAGAAAAGGCUAUGUGUGAAGCUGAUCCCAUUGGGAGCCGCAGAGCUAGCUGUGUUAGAGAUCCUGGUGAGCAGCAAGAGCAAAGUGCUCCCGAACUACAUGCGAAUAGGGGAAAUGAGCGGCUUUGCUCUGUGGUGUAAAAAGGAUCACGUCCACAAGCCCAAACCCCUCCCCAAGCCACGGAAGAUCAACCUAGAGAUGAAGCAACUUUCACUAGAGCCAGAUAAUAAAGAUACCCCACCAGAAAAGCCUCCACCUCCCUUUGGCCCCAAAAGACAAGCUACCCUUAAGCGCCAUGAGUCCAUAUACGAGAGUUCAAAUGUCUAUGCCAUUUCAGCCAUGGACGGGGUACCCUUUGCUCUGCACCCCAAAUUUGAGAACAGCAUCAGUAGUAGCACUAAUGCCUCUUCAUUCUUUAAAGACGUGCACAUUAAAUCUCUCACUGACAUUGAGAAAGAGUACAACUACGGUUUUGUAGUGGAAAGAACAGCAGCUGCCAGACUCCCUCCUACCAUCUCGUAG